AUGAAAGCAUAUGAAGUAAAAGUUGUAUGUUAUUUUAAAUGUAUCAUUGAUAGUAUAGAUUCCAUUAGUGAUAAUAUUGUAGAUUAUAACAAUAUUGAUGAAUUAGAAGAUCCUGAUAUCAAUAAUACUUUCGAUAAUUGUUAUAAUAAGUUAACAGAAAAUAAUGAUGCUGUGAAUAUUGCAACAAGACUUCAAGAAGUAGCAAAAAAGUAUUAUGAAAAACAUGACUUUCAUAAAAUGAAUGAGAUUAUUUUACCAGGAUUUGAAUUUGUGCCAUCUCCAACAAUUUAUAUCAACACUACAAGAAACUAUUUGAAAGAGCUUGGAUAUAAAUAUAAAAAGGUAAAAAAAGGAACAUAUAUGGAUAAGCAUGAAAAAGAAAAUGUAGUUGCCUAUCAAAAAUAA